AUGAUUGAAGGAGUUUCCGGGAUAGGAUGUUUUGUAUGUACUUCAUUUGAUGGCAAUAAUAAAGCAUGUGAAGAUCCGUUCCAUUCAUCAUUUGAGCUUAUCAAAAAAGUGAGUCUCUCUUUUAUCUCAUCGCUUUUUGUUUGGUGAAAAAUGUCGCAAUUAUUUAUACGGUGUUUUGUUCAUGAGAUUCGAGAUCGAGGUCACGAAAAAUUCAUUGGAGUUUUCUGAUUCUAGAAAAUGUAUUGAAGAUCUAAGGGAUCGAUCUUGUAAAAAUCCAAACAAAUUUCGAAUUGAAUUAAACGAUAUUUCAAUAAUCUAGACUCGGGCCAAUUUUUCGAAUUUGUCAAAUUUUUGGGUCUCUGUACCGGGCCAAAUCUCUUUAAAAUCUGGCCUUCAAGAAUCCAGAAUUUUCUGUCUUGUUCAAUUCCAUUAGCUUGUGAUUCAAAAAAUCCCUAAAUUUAAAAAUUCAAUCGAUUUUGAAUUUCAGGAACGUGAGGAUAUGUCAAAGGUGGCAAACUAUCGACACCCUUGUUGGGCGCAUCGAAAAGGGCGGACGGGUCUUUUUCCAGCUGAUCAUUGCAUUAAAAUCAUUGGAAUCAAAGGUAAAUUAUCAAAAAUGGGUUGAAUUGAUAAUCAGUUUUGAAUGAAAAGGCAGCCUAGAUUUAGUAUAGGAUUUUUUACGGGAAAGUCAUACAUAUACAUACAUAUUUAAGUUCCAAAUUUUUUGACCACGCGAAUUGCUUUUCUCAAGUUAUCUAGAAGAUGUUAUUUAAUUCAAGACUAACUUUUUUAUUCUCCCUCUAUUUUCAAUCUUGAACAAUCUAAAGCAAAAAAUGAUUUGCAGCCGACAAUGCAUCAGAAACUGUGGUGAUACGAACAUGUGCGUUGGAUUCAGGAACGUUGACUGCGGAUACAGAAAUAGUUCGAAUUUCUCAUUGUGGUAGUUUCAAAUACGACGGACAACAAUAUAAAGGAUGUGUUCAAUCGUGUGAUACAGAUGGAUGUAAUUCGACACCAUCGUCGAAUUCACCAUUUCUUUCUCUCAUCAUUCUCAUUUUUGCCCUCAUUUUCAUUUCUCAAUAA